ACAACAGAAACCCUCGCCGCUCGCUUGCCCGCCCGCCCGCCCGCCCGCUCGCUCGCUCGCUCGCCCGCCCGCCGCGAGUCCGCGACUGCAGAGUUCUGUGGCGGAAGGUUUUGCUGAACGUCGCUCGUGAGAGAUGGGACGAAGGAUACUGAACGAUGCGUUGAGGACGAUGGUGAAUGCAGAGAAGAGAGGGAAGGCCAUGGUGGAGCUGCGACCCAUCUCCAACGUGGUCUCUUCGUUCCUCAAGAUCAUGAAGGACCGAGGAUACGUGAAGAGUUUCCAAGUUCAUGAUCCCCACAGAGUUGGGAGGAUAACUGUUGAACUGCAAGGCCGGAUAAAAGAUUGCAAAGCUCUCACUUACCGUCAAGAUAUCAAGGCUAGAGAUAUUGAGCAGUAUAGAGUGAAAAUGCUUCCAACACGUCAGUGGGGUUAUGUUGUUAUUACAACACCUGAUGGCGUUCUGGACCAUGAAGAAGCCAUUAGAAGGAACGUGGGAGGCCAAGUUAUUGGUUAUUUUCAUUAAUCAUAAUGUGCUCUCAAAAUACAAGAUGGAUCGCGAAGUGAUUAACAAGAGAAGAUGAUGCUGUUGAGCAAUAAGGCAAUGAUGUAUAAUCUGUCUCCCUGCACUGGUGAACUUGAUUGAAGCUUCGAAUUGGUUUUGUUGUAUCAGUUUUGGGUAUGAUGAAUGGCAGAUGACCAGGGUCUCAUUGUCUUAAAAACUUUUCACCCUCUCUAACUAUUAUUUUACUGCUUUGAAAUUUUUUGGAAGCAGGACUUGGUUCUUGAUUCAGAAGAAGAUUGAUUUUUAUGC